AAAUUCAAUAAAAUAACUUCUAUACUUAUCUGCUCAAAUUAAUUAAUUAAUUACUUCCUUGCACUCUAAGUUUCCUAAAUGUAAACUUUUUUCCAUAUCCAACAAACAAAACAAAUCUAUUUUAUUAAUUUUUUCAACAAUGUCAUACCUUAGAGUAGUAGGUGUGAGCUUGACCCAUUCAAGUCUUCUCUACUCUUUUCCUUCAUCCCAAUAUAAAAACCCAAUUCUCCUUCACAUUUCUCAGCUUGGCGAUUACCCCUUCACCAAGCUUCACCUCCGAUAUUUCAUAUAACCAGAAAACAUGCAAACUUUAUCGCCGUAUCCCAAAAUUACUUUCAAGCCACUAAUGCAAACGCCGUCACCGUCACCCGACCCUCACCGCCUCACUUUCACCGUCCAAUCAACCGCACGCCGUUACCACUCUAAUCCAACCGUCUCUACAACGGUUCCGUCAGUCGGUAAGGUGGUGUUACAGCAGCAGAACACCGAGAACACAACCGGUACAGAUAAUAACAAUCACAAUAACAAUAAUAAUGAUAUUAUCACCGUUGUUAAUAACCGCAACAUGCUAGAUCUGAAUCUGAUAUCGGUGAACAAGUUUCCAAAACCACUCACCAACACUUCACCGGCUGCAAACCACAGUUCAAGGUUACGUGUAGCCUAUCAAGGUCUUCCCGGCGCGUACAGUGAAACCGCCGCCGGAAAAGCUUAUCCGGAGUGCAAACCUAUUCCGUGUAACAAUUCAGAACUCGCAUUUCAAUCCGUAGAGCUUUGGAUCGCCGAUCGAGCAGUUUUACCGGUGGAAAACUCUCUCGGUGGCAGCGUUCACCGGAACUACGACCUCCUCCUCCGCCACCGACUCCACAUCGUCGGCGAGAUCCAGAUCUCGUUCCGCCACUGCCUUGUGGCCUUACCAGGCGUCCGUACGGAGCACAUCAAGCGCGUGAUUAGUCAUCCACAAGCUCUCGCUCAGUGCGAGUUAACUCUGAACAAACUCGGAUUCGGAUUCAACCACGUCGUUCGUGAGGCGGUGGCUGAUACCGCUGGAGCUGCGGAACACGUGGCGGCGAAUAACCUCCGUGACACGGCGGCGAUUGCGUCACCACGCGCUGCCGAGAUCUACAAUUUAAACAUACUCGCUGAGUCGAUACAGGACGAUUCGAGUUGCGUAACACGGUUCAUGAUGCUCGCACGUGAACCGGUGGUGGCGAGAACGGACCGGCCGUAUAAGACGAGUAUUGUGUUUGCUCAGGAUAGAGGAACGACGGUGUUGUAUAAGGUUUUAUCGGCGUUUGAGUUUAGGAAUAUUAGAUUGUUGAAGAUUGAGAGUAGGCCUAACCUGAACCGGCCGGUUCGAGUUGUGGAUGAUGUGAAUGUUGGGACGGCUAAGCAUUUUGAGUAUAUGUUUUAUGUUGAUUUUGAAGCUUCAAUGGCGGAUGUUAGGGCUCAGAAUGCCAUGGCUGAGGUUCAAGAGUUCACCAGUUUUUUGAGGGUGUUGGGUAGUUAUCCCAUGGAUGUGAACCCUACGUGGGGAGAAUAACUGAAUAACGGAUGAAUGACGUCAUUUAUUUUAUUGUACAUCUUUUUAGGUUUUUAAAACUUUUGUGAAUAGUUAACUUAUUUUUGUUCGAGUUAACUGUGAUUUAUAUCCAUGUGAUUUGUUAACUUUUCGCAUUUCAGAUCAAAUUUUAAAACUAUACUAUUUUCUUUUCUAACGUACUCAAAAUGUGUUAUUUCAGUCCAAAAAACUAAUCUCAGUUAAAAAACUCAAUUAGCUCAGAGGUAAAAUGGUCAAUUUACAAAGUGGUUUGUAGUGAGGGUAUGUAAAACCUCUGAACCACUAUGCAAAAUGACUAUUCUAUCCCUGAGCUAAGUGAUUUUUUUAAACUGGUGUUAAAUUUUUGAACUGAAAUGGCACGUUUUGAUAAUGUCAGGGAGGAAAAUGUUACAGGUUUAAAAUUUGGUUUGAAAUGGGAAAAGUAGACAAACCACAGGGACGUAAAUGACACUUAACUCUUUUUGUUUUGAAUUUUUAGGUUUAAAUAAAACUAACAAAUUGCUAUAA